UCUGAGCGCUACCAUGAAUCACUUCCAGACCAUCCUCAGCCAGGUCCGGAUGCUGCUCUCCAGUCAUCGGCCGAGCCAAGUGCAGGCGCUUCUGGACAACCUGCUGGCAGAGGAGCUUCUCUCCAGGGAGUACCACUAUGCCCUGCUCCAUGAGCCUGACGGUGAGGCUCUGGCCAGGAAGAUCUCCUUGACCCUGCUGGAGAAAGCAGACCCAGACUUGGCCCUCUUGGGGUGGAUCUGGAGUGGGCUGCAGGCCCCGGCAACCGAGAGGGACCCCGGCUACAAGGACCCCGGUGUUGGAAAGGCAGACUUGGACAGGAAUCAGAGUCUCUGGUUGAGCUGGCAGGAGCAGCAAGUGCUGGGAGAGCUCAAGCUGUGA